AUGAGACUUCCAGACAAAACCAGUCCAUGUACAAACACGCUAAUUAUCAACGACAAGGAACUGGAGAAGAAUCGAAGGUUAUACACUGAAUUGCCGAAAGGGGGCGCUUCUUCUUCUUUUUCUUCUUCUCAUUUCCCUUACUCUUUCUUUCCUUUUUUAGAUUCCUCGUUACUCUCUAUCAUGUUUCCAUUUCACUUACUUUUCUUCGUUUUUUCAUUCUUUUAUUUUCAAUCUUUGCGUACUACUAUCUUUUUUCUUCAUUCGUUUAACUUUUUUGUUGCUUCUUUUUUUCUUUCAUUGUUUUUAUUUUCCUGCAUUCUCUCUUUUAACGAUAUUUUUUCUUCUUUCUUUACCUUUGGUUUCUUUUCUUUUUAUUCUAUUUCUGCUUUUCGUGAAAUUUCCUUUUCUUCUUCCAUUUUCUUCUUCAUUUUUUUCUUCCUUUUUCUUCUUUCUUUUUUCUUUUUCCUUUUUCUUCCUUAUUUUUCUUCUUUUUUCUUCCUUUUUCUUCUUUAUUUUUCUUCUCCCUUUUUCUUCUUGCUUUUUCUUCUUUCCUUUUUCUUCUUUCUUUUUUUCAGUUUUCUCUUUCAUUUUUCUUCUUCUUUUUUCUUCUUUCUUUUUUCUUCUUCCUUUUUCUUCUUUAUUUUUCUUCCUUUUUCUUCUUCCUUUUUCUCCUUUCUUUUUCUUCUUCCUUUUUCUUCUUUCCUUUUUCUUCUUCCUUUUUCUUCUUUCUUUUUUCUUCCUUUUUUUUCUUCCUUUUUCUUCUUUCUUUUUUCUUCUUCAUUUUUCUUCUUCAUUUUUCUACUUCAUUUUUUUCUUUCUUUUUUCUUCUUCAUUUUUAAUCUUCCUUUUUCUUCUUCAUUUUUCUUUUUCUGCUUUCUCUCUCUUUCACUGAUUCCCCCAUUUUCUACUUUCUUUUCUUCUUCCUUUUGCCUCCUCUUUUUCAGUUUUCUUCUUUCUUUCUUUGAUCCUUCCGUUUCAUCAUUCUUUUUUUUUUUUCUCCUUCAUUUUGUUCUGUCUUUCGUUUUUCUUUUUCUUUUUCUUUCUUUUUUCCUGAUCUUUCUUUUUCUUCUUUCUUUUUCUCCUUCCUUUUCCGACCUCUUUUAUCUUUUUCGGUUUCCUCUCUUUCAUUCCUUGAUCCUUCCGUUUCAUCUUUCUUUUUUCUCCAUUUUGUUUCUUUUUUUUUCUAUUUUCUUUCUAUUUUCUGAUUUUUCCUUUUCUUCUUUCUUUUCUUCUUCUUUUUGCGCCGUCUUUUUUCUUUUUCUGUUUUCUGUCUGUCUGUCUCACUCUCUUUCUCCUCCCCUUAAUCUUUCCUCUUUCCAUUUAAUCUAUCUUUUUUCUCCUCCCUUUUUCCUCCUCCUUUUUUCCUCCUCCCUUUCCUGUCUCAUUUUCUGUAUCUGUCUUUAUUCUUUUUCUUUCCUUGUAAAUUUUACUUUUAACAAUAGCAGUAUAUCCCGAUUCUUCUUCUUCUUCUUCUUCUUCUUCUUCUUCUUCUUCUUCUUCUUCUUCUUCUUCUUCUUCUUCUUCUUCUUCAUUCCCAUCCCAUAUUUUUUUUCCAUAUCUAGUUACUUAUUCCCGGUUUAG